UCUCCUUCUCACUCUGGGCCCAGUCCCGCGAGUACAGCCAACUCAAGUGGAUCACAACUCCAAGCUUGCAGUAGUUCAUCAAGCCAGCCGACAAGUUCAGGUGGAAACUCAACUUCCGGAACAAGCCCCCGCAAUGGUGGGACUGGUCCUCAAACCAAUCCAUCAUGCAGUCUUGCAAAGCUGCAGCAACUCACCAAUGGCCUUGAAAAUCCUAGCCAUGGGCAUUGUUUAACUCCUCCCACUGGAACUAUGAUGACCGCUCCUUCACCUGGACUGCCUUCCCACCAUCCCCAUAUGUCCAUGACUUCUCCUCCCAGCACCCAUGGCAUGUUUCAGCAACAAAACUCACGUGGUCUUUCUACUUCUCCAUCUGGCAUUCAUGCUAAUUUCCAACAAAGUCAAGAAUACCUUCCUCUUUACCACAAGUAUUAUCAGAGCCAAGGUGGUAUGAGCACUCUACCCUCACCGAUCCAUGUCUCUGGCAGUAGCUCCCGGUCCAACCGGAGUAGCAGCAACAAUAGUAGUGGCACUACAGCAGGAACUGCAUCUAGUGCUAGCAGCAACUCGACCAGCACCAAUAGCUCUAGCAAUCCUAGUAAUCCUGGUAAUGCAGCUGCGCUCAGCCCGGCUGUCCAACAUUCCUCCCUCCAUUCAUCAAGAAUGGGAGUGGGUGUGACUCCCAAUUUAAUGGCUCAGUAUGGCUCAUUCAAUGGAUAUCGUAUGCAGCAACAGAGUCCCUAUAUCACAAACACUGCAGGAUUCAUAAGCCAAUCUGGUCAACUACCCGUACAAAUGAUGGCACAAUCCCAGUAUCAAGACUCACAAAAUAUGUAUCAUUAUUCUUACCUCAAUGGUACUUUAAUGCAGCCUUUAAAUGGCGCUCGGCGGUAGUAUUUUAUAUCUUUUACUCCAGUAAACCCAAUUGGGGACUUCUCCUUAAACAAUAAUUUUGUGGUAAGGAUUACAAGUUAUUACAAACUGGCUCAUUUGACUUCUGAAGUAAAUGGAGACCACUUGUUUAGAUUUUAAGGUCCAUCUUGACUAUAUUUAUUUUUACUUAAGAAACUUAUCUUUCAAUUUUUGGUGUUACAUGGCAAACGCCAGAUUAGUCAUAACAAAAUAUUACCAUCAAAUGGCUGUAGACUUAUUAUUGUGACGUCUCAAUCAAGGUUGUUACAUUUUAACUUCUCCUGGAAUCUUAAAUGCAGAUUUUAUUCGUUGGUUUCUUCUUUCACUAGAUUGUGGCAGUAGGUAACUUUCAAUUGUUAACUUUAUUCAAUGAGUGUAUGUAUGUAUGUAUAUAAUUGUAUGUAAGUAUGUAUAGUCAAGUACAUGUGUAUUGUGAUUGUGUAUAGUUGUAUGUAUGUACCUAUAGUGUUGUGAAAGUAGACAAAAGAGGUUGAAGACCUCGUUAUUGUUGAACAUAAUUUAAUAGUUGUGUUGAUUUCAGUAUUGUAUUAAAUCUGUUCUGCUUUUAAGUUUUUCUGUAUUUUGUAUAGUUGGAUUAGAAAGGGCUUAUUCAGCAAAAGGCUGUCAGUACUGCUAUUAAAAUUUUGUCUUAGCAUAAUUUAUUAUUGUUAACUGUAAGAUGUCAACAACAUUGUAAGUGUUGUUUCUAUUUUUACUUUCAUUUCAUACCAGUGGUGUAAGGAAAUAUUUAAUGAAAUACUACUCCUUACAAACUUCAAUGGAGUGCAUGUCCAAAGAUUUGUAUUAUGUGCCUUGUACCUGUUAAGUCAUUUUUCUGUCAGCCUCUUGAAGAAUUAGCCCUAUGUGCGUGAGUGAUUUCUCAUUCUCACGGAACCCAAAUCAGUGCCUUCUGUGAACCUGAUAGGAAAUUAUAAUAAACUUGGCCAGUUGAUGCAUGUGCAUCAGUUA